CGUGAGGCGGUCACGUGAGCGGAAGAUGGCGGCUCCGGCAGGCAGCGGGGGCUCCACGGUGUCGGUGCUGGCCCCAAACGGGCGGCGCCACACGGUGAAGGUGACGCCGAGCACCGUGCUGCUGCAGGUCCUGGAGGACACGUGCCAGCGGCAGGACUUCAACCCCUGCGAAUAUGACCUGAAGUUUCAGAGGAGCGUGCUGGACCUCUCCCUGCAGUGGAGGUUUGCCAACCUGCCCAACAACGCCAAGCUCGAGAUGGUGCCCGCCGCCCGGAGCCGCGAGGGCCCCGAGAACACGGUUCGCGUCGCACUGCAGCUGGCCGACGGUGUUCGGCUACAGGACACCUUCUGUGCCGGCCAGACGCUCUGGGAGCUUCUCAGCCACUUCCCUCAGACCAGGGAGUGCUUGGAGCAGCUGGGCAAGACGACCCCUGUCUGCGUGUACAUGAGGGACGAGGUGAGCGGCCCGGCUGCCUUGCAGAGGACAACGCUGCAGUCACUGGGCGUCACUGGAGGCAGUGCCAUCAUCAGGUUUGUCAUGAAGCCAUGUGGCUCGGCCAGCAAGCCAGAGCCCGCGGGCGUCAGGAGCAAAACCCCAGGAAGCCCAGCACCAUCCAUCUCUGCUGACCAGGCCGCUGGCCACCCUGUGCUUCCCCUGGACAUUGGGGGGCUCAGCGGGGGCGACCUGAGCCGUUCAGAGGAUGCAGGCCCCUCCGGGACUGGCCACGUGGAUGGCCGGGGCCCAAAGCCAGUGGAGAGUCCGGCACAGCCGGACGCAGAAGUGCCCUCACCAACGCCCUUUGUGCCCUUCUCUGGCGGGGGCCAGCGUCUGGGUGGCCCUUCUGGGUCUUCGCGCUCCUUGAUGUCACCAUCCGCCAAAUCACCCAAGUCCUUUUCUAGUCCCGGAGGCCCGUCUGAGCCAAAGAAGUCAAAGCCUGGCCCAGAGUCCCCGCAGGAGCCAGAGCCGCCUGGGGAUCGAGAGCCCGUGGUGUGCCACCCGGACCUGGAAGAGCUGCUGCAGGCCUGGCCCGCCGAGCUGCCAGACGAGUUCUUCGAGGUGACUGUGGACGAUGUGCGGCAGCGCCUGGCCCAGCUCAAGAGUGAGCGGAAGCGCCUGGAAGAAGCUCCUUUAGUGACCAGGUCCUACCGCGAGACCCAGAUAAAGGAGAAGCUGGAACGCUACCCCAAGGUGGCUCUUCGGGUCCUGUUCCCUGACCGCUACAUCCUGCAGGGCUUCUUCCGGCCCAGCGAGACAGUGGGGGACCUGCGGGACUUCGUGAGGAGCCACCUGGGGAAUCCUGAGCUAAACUUCUACCUGUUUGUUGCCCCGCCAAAGACCGUCUUGGGUGACAACACACUGACCCUCUUUCAGGCAAACCUCUUCCCAGCUGCCCUUGUGCACUUUGGAGCAGAAGAACCCACGGACCUCUACCUGGAACCCAAGCUGCUGGAACACACCAUCUCCCCGUCCUCAGCUGAUGUGCUGGUGGCCAGGUGCAUGGCCAGGGCUGCAGGGCCCCCGCCUUUGCUGCCAACCUCUGACUCAGAGCUCAUCGAGUCUGAGCAAACCACCGAGGCAGCACUGCGUCCCCCUGAGGCCACCCCGGGGCCGGCCCAGCCCGUGCAGAGGAGCCUGGGCAAGGUACCCAAGUGGUUGAAAUUGCCAGCCACCAAGAGGUGAGCCCCACGAGCCAGAGGAGCCCCACCAGCCCCGGGAUUCCCACGCUGAGUGGAAAUAAAGAUGGUA